UGUUCGGAUAUUGUCGGAAACGCUCGGAAUGAUGAUUGUUUUCAUCGUUUUUCAUUAUCCAUUGUUACGCAGUCGAAUUUCUUUAAGAAUUUUUUCAAUAACGCAAUUUAGGAAGCUUUAAUACUGAAGAAAUUGAUAUUGCGAUAAAAAAAUUUAUGAUAUUGUACAUGCGAGUGUUGAAGACGUAAAUAUUAACUUGUGAAGAGAUUAUAACCUAAAAAUUCAACAUCAAUGUUUUUUUUACUUUGAUGAAAAGAUUUACGAUAUUGCACGAAGGAGUGCUAAACAAGUAGGAAUUCUUUUGAGAAAGAAUUACGACUCAAGCUUAAGGUAUUUGUGUAAUUUUAUUCCAAAUAAGGAAUCUCAACAUGGUUUGCGAGAAAUGUGAAAAGAAAUUGGGCAAAGUUAUUACUCCGGAUCCCUGGAAAACAGGUGCAAGGAACACAACGGAGAGUGGAGGACGUAAAGUUGGAGAGAACAAAGCUCUUUCUGCAGGAAAGGCACGAUUCAAUCCAUACACCACAAAAUUUGAGAUCUGUAGAAUAUGUAGGCAGAAAGUUCAUCAGGUGGGAUCCCAUUAUUGUCAGUCCUGUGCAUAUAAAAAAGCUAUAUGCUCUAUGUGUGGUAAAAAACUCAUGAGUACAAAGAAUUAUAAGCAGUCUGCUACAUAAUAAUUGUUUUUAUAUUUAAUAAUUAAUUUCAAUGUAAAGUUUAAUAUUUAAAUUUAUAUUCACAUAUCUAUUAUCCAUAUUAAAAUUACAUAUUUUCUGAAUUCUUAUAUGUUGCAGUAUUCACACUGUUGCAAAUUGUACAAUAGUAUCCUUCGCUCUUACAUUAUCCAAAAAUUUAAUCUUUGUUAAUGAUAUGACGAUUCUGUCUGUUCACUUGUGCGUUCCUUUCUAUGUACAACAUCUGACACUUUUCAUCUCAUUUUUCAUCACACUCCUCCGUUUUAAAUUUAUUUCUAUUUUCGCUACUUAUAUUAUUUUUUAACGAUUAUUCCUUUUCUAAUUUAACUAGAGAUGAAACUAUUCAGAUGGAUUUCUUUAUUUUCUAAAGCAUCUUGAUAAAGCAUCUUGUUGUCUAAUUUAUGUACAGUUAAUUAAGAUUUAAUAUCAUAUAAUGUGAUAGAUUUUUUGAUAAACUAUAGCAGAUUUAUCUGUAUCUUCUUUUUGUUCACCCUGAGUAGUGUUGACAUUCCAUAAAUAACAAAGGAAAUUCUCUUUAUAUAAAUGUAUUUAGUUUUUUACACGAUAAUUUAUAUAUGACAUAAAUAAUUACUAAAAAUAAAAGAAAAAAAUAAUUAAGGACAAUGUGCACAUAGAAAAUUGAUGCACAUAUAUAUUUAAUAAAAUGUUUACAUAUAUA